CGCAGGUUCCUGCGGACAUGGCCGGGGGAGUCCGUGAGGUAUAAAGGGCUCGAGGAGACCCCCCCUGCUUUUUCCUUGCUCCUUUUCAUCUCCCCCAGCUGAGGAUUAUAACCAGGAGGACCGGCAGACCGGGACCCUGCGGGUAGGAGCUUGGUGUGGAUGUGCUCAACAGUGUUAGAUCCCCCCACAACAUGGAUACGGAGAUCUGAUAAAUCAGUAAACAAGCUUGCUGGAGCAGGAGAAGGCUGAGAUCCUGCAAUGGCUGCAAAAUCCAAGAAAAGUUUAAGAGGUUCUAUCGAUGACUUGCUUGGUGACCUCCUGGGAUAUGAUGAUGAACCCCCUGUUACAUCUGCCAAAGCUUCCCAGCCAGCCAGGAGCAGUGGUGGGAGAGCCCAGGGCACCAGCUCAGAGCCCAGCAAGAAGUCCUUUCCAGAGGAUGAUUUCUUCAGCAAACUCCCUGCAGAAGAUGAGGAAGCUGCAGAGGGGUCUGGGGCCUCUGACACAGACCCUCAAGCUGUGCUGCAGACCCUGAAGGACCUGGAUGACAUGGAAGCUGAUCUCCUGGGAAUAUCAAAACCUGGUUCUGGGCCAGGGGAGAACACUGUGAAAGGUCCUAGGAAACGUGACUCCUUGGGAGAUGCUGUGAAAACUGCAGGGAAGCUGCUAGCUCCUGAGAAGGGAGACUCUGUACCUGCAGUGGAGAAGAAGCCACUCUCAUCUCCUGGUGCUCCCCGGCAGUACAAGAAAUUCAACUUUGAAGUGCUUUCAUCUGAUGAGGAGAAGGAUGCUCCUAAGAAGCCAGCUCAAACAGAUGCCAAAAGCAGCUCUAAGAAAACAGAAGAGAGCAAAGAGAAAGAGCCACCCCUGCCCACUGCAGCCCCAGUCCGGAGGAGGGAGGAGCUCACCUUUGAAGAUGAUGGUGAUGACCUGAUGGAGGCACUGGGACUUGGGAAUGGCACAAAAGGAGAAGAGAAGCAGGGAAAGAAGAUGGAAGAAGAGGAGCUGCAGCCAGCCCACUUCAAGCCAAGACAAGGCUCCGUGGCCAAAAUUCUGGAACCGCCUGGCACGAGGGAGCGCAGGGAGUUCAAACUGGGUAAGAAGUACCAAAAGCAGCCAGAGAAGGAAGAGGGUUGGAAUGAGGAAGAUUUUGUCUUUGGAGUGUAUCAGCCCACGGUGGCCUCCACACUUGAGGGCCAGUCGUCAAGGAGGCAGGCAGUGAGGUAUAGACAGGGUCUCCUCAGAGGCAGGUCCCCAGAGACCCUCUCAGGCAAGUGUGUGACUGCUUCUCCUUGCAGCAGGUUUUCAGCUGAGAGCAGCAGAGAACCAAAACCAGAGCCCAGCUCCAAACCUCCUCCUCCAGCCAGGCAGAGCUCUCUGCAGAGCAGUGGGGCUGGAGGCGACUGGCUGGGCUUGAAGCAUGAGGAGUUCAUAGAUUUGGAGCCACCAUCUCCAGCACAGGCCAGUCCUGCUGCACUCUCCCCCAGCCAGCCCUUGGCUGCAGAGGACACGGCAGCUAAACUUGACCUGCUGGAGGAGGAGAACUGGCUGAGUGCUGCCUUGUCUCGAAAGAAAGCACAGGCAAAGGCCCAGGAGAGACAUGCCAAGCCCUUGGAGGCCCCCAGAGGAGGGCUGGAUCCCCACUCUCCUGUCAGCCAGCCAGCUGCCUCCACAGGAGCACCACAGCAGGCAGCUGUCCUGCAGGACAAGGCAGCCAGCACAGACAGCUCUAGGCAGUUGGUCCCCUGGCUCAGCACCACUAAACAAGCCUCAGCUCACCCGUCGCAGCCUGCAAAGGUGGAUCCCUCCAGAGACACCAGCACCCUGGUCCCCACAGCCUUGUUCCUAGGAGAGCAGGAGACACAGGACCCUGCCCCACUUGCUCAGGUGACUGCUCCCAAAGUACAUCUCCAGGCUGCCCCACAGCUGCAGGCAGAGCCCCCAGCCCUGGGUUUGCAGCAUGAGAAGAGGCUGGGGGCUUCUGUAGCCCAACUCUGUGAGGAUGUGUCAGGCUGUCAGGGAGCACUGAUCAGUGCCCAGAGGCGUGUGGCAGAGCUGGAGAGCCAGGUCCAGAUGCUGGAGCAGGAGCGGAUGCAGCACAAACUGCUGCUGGAGAGUCUCCAGCAGCGUCACCAGGAGGACUUGGAUCUCCUCAAAAGCACACACAGGAGCCAGGUAAAGGUGGUGGAGGAGACCUACAGGCAGCGGGAGGAGAGGCUGCAGCAGGAGAAGGAGCAGCUGGUGGCUCAGCUGCAGACACAGAGGCAGGAUAAGGAGCAGGCAACGGCAGAGCUGGUGGCACAGCACCAGCAGCGCGUGGCCACACUGGAGCAGCAGAAGGUGCUGGAGGUGGAGCGGCUGCAGGAGCUGCAGAGGGUGUCUGUCCAGGAGAUGCGCAAAGACUAUGAAGAGCAGCUCCAGAGGCUGAAGUGGCUGAAAGACCAGGAGGUGGAUGCAGUGACCAGUGCCACUUCACACACCAGGUCUUUGAACACUGUCAUCGAGCAGAUAGAGAAGUUCUCCAGAGACCUACGUGAACUUUUGCAGAAGGUGGAGACCCUGCACCACACCACCUCCCAGGAGCUGGACAAGGAGGCCCGGCAGCGGGACAGGCAGCACAAGGCACUCCAGGACAGGCUGUCACAGCAGCAGAGGGACAUGGAGGAGGAGAGGAGCCGGUUCCAGGAGGUGAUUGCCAAAAUGGAGGCCAGGCUGGGCGAGCAGACUCGGCUGCUGGAGCAGGAGCGAUGGAAGGCAACAGCAGAGCAAUCCAAACUGGAAUCACUGCAGCACUCUCUGGAGGAGCAGCGGCGAGUCACGGCCCAGCAGCUGGCCUUGGAGAGGGCAGAGCUGGAGAGGGCAAAGAGCACUUUGCUGGAGGAGCAGACGUCGGUGAUGCAGAAGUGCUCGGAGGAGCGACGGAAGCUGGCGGCCGAGUGGGCUGAAUUCCACACCCAGCAGCAGCUGAGCAAGGAGCGGAUGGAGCGCGAUGUGGAGCGAGCCCGGCAGGUGGACUCCCAGAGAGAGGGCACCAUCGUCAGCCUGGCCAAGGAGCAGGCAGAGCUGAAGAUUCGGGGCCAGGAGCUGAAAGUCAAGGAGGAGCAGCUGGCAAGGGACAGGGAGCUGCAAGAGGAGGCCUGGCAGGAGCUGAGGCGGGAGAAGGAGAAGGUGAACAGGGCUGAGCUGUGCGUCCGGCGGCAGGAGGAGGAGCUGAAAAGCAUGGCCAGGCUCUCGUCCCAGAAGCACGAGGAAGGGGAGCGAGCCCUGCGGGAGGCGACCAGGAUCGAGUCCCAGCACCACAGCAGGUUGCAGGUCAUGCAGCAGCACUUGGAGCAGCUCAGGCAGCAGGAACAGCGUCUGCACCAGAUGAGGCAGGAGUGGCAGAGCACAGCUUUCCAGAUGACACAGCCCAGCAACCCCAUGACACUCCUGACCACAGGCCAGGACCUCUGUGCCCCCUCCAGGAUGCUGUGUUUUCCACCUCCCAACAGGAAUCUCCCUCAGCACAGCCAUGGGGAUGGCAAGGAAAGCCUGGCCACGGCCAACCCUGAGGUGCUUUAUGCCCAACUGUUGCUGCUCAAGUACAGGGACCAGCAGGACCAAGAUUUCUUAGAGGAGGAGGAGUUCUUCCUGGAGAGCCUGAAGUAACAUCCAGCAACACUUCAUCUCUCUCAGACCGAGGAGGUAGCAUCCCCAUGCACUCCCAAGGGACAACUGGGCUGCUGUGCCCUCUUUGUGGAAAACAGCCAAUAAAUAAUUCCAGUUCUUAGUCAA